AUGCACCUCAAGUCGCCCAUGCGCCUGCCCUCGGAAGCCUGCUUUCUCGGACUCACCCCAUGUCGCCCCUACUUGCUCCCGCUGCCGAAUGCUGCUGCCCCACAGAGCUGCAACGCGAUUCAUGAUUACGCCCCCACCCCGUUUCACUGGAUUGACUUCCAGGGCACCCUCUCCACCGUCAUUCCCUUCUUCUUCCGCUACACCUCCCUCUUUCCAGAAUAUUAUCGUGAGCUGCUGCCGAUGGAAGACGGUGGCACCAUUGGCCUGGAUUGGGCUGUUCCCCUUGAAGAGGUGGCCAAAAGUGACCGCCCUAUUGUGAUUAUCCAGCACGGCCUGGCAGGCUCCUCGACCUCCAUGUACGUGGUGGCUGCCGUGCGCACGCUCCUGGCCACCAAGGACUACAUUCCCGUCGCCAUGAACGCGCGGGGUUGUGGCGGUGUUCGCCUGACCUCCAAGGCCGUCUUUACCGGAACACGAACCGAAGACUUUGAAGCCUGCCUGCUUUACAUCCGUUCCAAGUACCCCAACCGUCGCCUUUACGCCGUCGGCUACAGCCUCGGAGGCGCCCUCACGGCCCGCUACCUCGGCCUGCGGGGCAAGCAAGCCGUCAUUGAUGCCGCCAUCUGCAUCAGUCCACCUUGGAACUACCAUGUCAACACGCCUAUUUUUGGUUUUUGGUCUCGCACCCAUCUCGUCAAGGGUCUCAAGGACUACAUCCGUGACAACCGCACUGAACUCGAGCGCUAUGCUCCAGAGCUGGACCUUAACAAGCUGUUAGCUGCACGUAACGUGCGCGAGUUUGACUCGCAUGGCGUUGUGGCCCUCAAGGAGUUUGAUACGGCUGAUGAAUAUUACACAGAGGCAUCGCCCAUUCAUCUGGCACACAACAUUUACGUUCCCACCCUGGCCAUCAACGCCAUGGACGACCCCGUUUGUGCUGGCAAGGCCACACCCGAUCCGGAGCAAAUGGGACCGGGCCUUAUCCUCGUUCGCACUCGCACUGGUGGACACGUCGCUUUCGCCGAAGGUUUGGUCCCAGGCACAGAAAGCUGGAUGGAGCGUUGCAUCGUGGAAUGGCUUGAGUCUUGCCAGCGCCACCUGUAACCGACGACCUGUCCACUUGGUUUGGUGUUGAAAUUGUGUCCGUGUGCACUGUCGUUGUGAUUGGGACUUGUUGUAGUUGCGAAACCAUCCUGGACUGCUGCGCUGAUCUGUUGGUUCGUGAUGCGGCCUCUCCCCCACGGCGUGUGGCGGAAUGGCCACCGAUCCGUGUUUGACAAUUUUUUUGCCCUUUGUAAUUUUGUUUUGUGCAAUUAUGAUGGACAAUUAUUCCCUUCUACUCACGCACCACCACCCAGCACCACGACCGCAUGAGGCCUGAGCGCCAUUACGCAGCGUCGUCGUGUGCGCGCUUACCCGGGGGAUGUGCCCCCGUGCGCAUACUCCAGCCAGUGUGAUGCGUCGAGUUGAGGAGAGCUUGCACUCGCUCUGGCACCACACCUCCACCUUCCGCAUUCAACACAAUUCGCAAAUCAGGCUGCACGACAGCCGUCAGCUCUUGCCCUUGAAAGGAGAAGCGCACACCGCACUGGCUCGUCAGCUGCGUCACAGUCGCAUCGGGGUCGGCCGUGGCCAUGAGCUCCUUGACCACGAACGUUUGACGAAGAAUGCCAAGCUUGGACUGCAGCUCAGCCAAGGUGGCAUAGCAGCAGCCAAGCACUCGGGUCGAUGGGAGGGCCAGGGGCUUGGCCGCAUCCUCGGUGGCAGAAGGCAC